AUGCUGCUGCCAUGGGGUGCCGGUGCCACCGUUUCCCCAUCCUCCCCCUCUCGCGCCUUCUCGCAGCGCCGCACCCGCGGCACCGCGGCUGACCCCAGGGGACGUCGUAGCUGGACGGCGCUGGGCGCGACACCGGUGGCCGCGCUGGCGUCGGUGAAACGCCGCAGCCGCGUGUCGCAACGGCAACGCUGGGAUCAGCUGAAUCAUGCGGCUGAACUGGGGGAUGUGGCGCGGACCAAGGAAAUCUUUUGGGAAAUGCAAUCCUGGCUGCCAGAGAGUGAACAACGCUUGGCCUACAACACUGUGCUGAAGGCCUGUGCCAACGCGGCGGAUUUGGUGGCAGCGGAGGAGUGGUACGAAGUUCUGCUGGCAAAGGGCUUGGUCCCAAACAAAGAGACCUAUGGAAAGCUCUCUGAAGCUGCCGCCAAAGCCGGACAUGCAGAGAAAGCCCAGAAGUGGUUCUGGGAACGCGAAAAAAGGCAAUUGGAGAUCACCCCCAUUGCCAUCAACAUCUUGAUCGACGCCGCCGCCAAGAGCGGAGAAGGCGUUAAGGUGGAAGAUCAUUUGCAGGACAUGCGGCGGCGACGCAUGGCGCCCACGGUGCGCAGCUACAACACGGUGAUCCAUGCCUGUGCGAAGGUGGGAGCCUCCGCAGCGGCAGAAAGAUAUCUACUGGAAAUGCAAGAAGAAAGUCUGAAGCCGACUUUGUUCAGCUUUACUUCCGUGAUCGAUAGUUGUGCCAAGAGUGGCGACAUCGAGCGCGCAGAACAUUGGCUACUGGAGCUCCAACGUCGUCACUUAGUCCCCAAUGCGGUGACCUAUACGGCGCUGAUCGAUGCCUACGCGCGCACUGGCAAUGCGCGCAGGUCCGAGGAAAUCCUGCGACAGAUGAUCAGAGAAGAUGUAUCUCCUACAGAGGUCAGUUAUUCCUGCGUGAUGAACGCCUACGCGGGGAACGGGGACGAGAUUUGCUGCAUGCGGAUUUUCCAGGAGAUGUGCCAACAGCAGCUGGAUCCCACCAUGACGACCUACAGCAUCAUGAUGAAGUGCGCUGCCAUGUCUGGCGACUUCGCGGCGGCUAAGAGUUGGUUUGAACGCCUUGAGGCAACAGGUGAGCCUGAUCUCCCAAGUUACAACACGAUUUUGUGCGCCAUCGCCAAUGCUGUGUCGAGCCAAAGCAUGGAGCCUGCUGUGGAAUGGAUGAGGCGGCUGGAGGCGCGUUUCGCUCCCAACGUCACCAGCUUCAACGCCCUGGUCUCGGGCUACGCGCAGAGGCAGGAUACGGAGGGCGCGCUGCGAGCCUUCGAGGACAUGGUGAGACGAGGGCUGCAGCCCAACAGUGUCAGCUACAAAGUGGUUUGGCAUGCCCACCAGCAUGGCCCCCUGGCCAAAGCGCAGCAGUGGCUACAACGCAUGCGCCAUGACGGCUGCGCGGUGGGGGUCGGGCCCUAUACCUGGAUGAUUCAGCAAUCCAAGGGCGACGCCGUGAAAUGGCUCCACCAGAUGCAAUCUGAUCGUUAUGCCCCAGAUGUGCUGUGCUACAGCACCUGUAUCAAAGCCUGUGGUGCAGCCGGCAACGUCUCUGGUGCCGAACGGAUGUUUCAAGAGAUGCAGAUUUCGAGGGUUCUGCCCGAUGAGAUUUGCUUCAAUGAGAUCAUCCGAAUCCAUGCGAAGCAGCAGGCCCCUGAGAAAGCCAAAGAAAUCUUGACUCAGAUGAGAGAGCGAAGUUUGUCCCCAACUGUGGUGAAUUUUAACUCCACCAUGGAUGCAUGUGCCAAGGCAGGCAACCCUCAGUUGGCGGAGAGUGUGCUUGAUGAGAUGCUGCAGUGCCAAGUGAGCCCUGAUGUUUUCAGUUAUUCAGCCCUAUCUUCCGCAUGGGCCAAGAAAGGUGAUGCAGUGAAGGCUUCCGAAGUUCUCAGUGCCAUGGCACAGCGACGCCUGGUGCCCAACCAACAUGUCUAUGGUGCCGCCAUCCACGCCUGCAACCGCAGCCGUGAUGCUGCGCGCGCCACGAAGCUCUUGCAACGCAUGAGCGAAGAGAGCGUGACGCCCAAUGUGGUUUGUUUCAGUUCCGCCAUUUGCGCCUGUGCCAAAGUAGGUGAUGCAGCCGAGGCAGAAAACCUCUUCACAGCCAUGCCGGUACGGCAGCUCCAGCCCAACGCCUUCAGCUAUGCCGCGGUGAUCCAGGCGCACUGCGUCAGCGGCGACGUCCGCGCGGCCUGGCAGCGGCUCCGCGAGAUGCGCCAGGCGCAGCUGCCCAUCACGGCGGCCACGCUGCGGCCGUUCCUCAAACUGGGCACCUCCCAGGGUCCGAAAGUGAUGCAAGCCAUCUUCGAAUCUAUGUUGCAAGGUGAUCUUCCAAUUGAUGAGGCUUUUCGAGAAGGUGUCAUGUCAGUGGUUGGUGUUGAGGUGACUUAUGGACUGCUGCGCAGAUACAAUCGUAUCAAGUAG